AUGCCAACUGUCGUGACAAUACUGUCAAUAUUAAUGCUUCAUUUAGUAUCUGUUGAAGGAUAUUGUUUGACAAGUCGUAAUAUAUAUCAACGACAAUGGAGAUCAGUUAAAAAUGCUAGAAUUUCAAUUAUAAUUGCUCUAUUAUUCUCAUCUUUACUUUCUAUUCCUGAUUUAUUUUGUGUUGGUAUUACCGAAACACAUUGUGGUUAUAUAUCGAAAAAUUAUGAUCAAUAUUUUACCUAUUUUGUGGCUCCAGUUUUAUUGACACAAUUACCACUUUCUGUUCUAUCGACCUUUGGUUGUGUUACUCAUUGA